AUGUUGAUCAUAUUAUUGCUCUGCAUAAUUGGUGUGGUCUCUGCGAAUACGGAAUGUAUUUGGGCAAUAGGAAAACUUCAAUGUAGGAAGAAUCAAACGCGAGUGCUGAACACUGUGGUCGAGGUGUGGGACGAGGAUAUUCCACAACUAAACUUCUUGAAUCGUGACGAUAAAGCUGGCUUCACGGUGGUUACCAACGUAGACGGGGAAUUUAAGAUAGAAGGUACUGUUCUAUGCUUUUGGUAA